CCCUGUUUUUAGCUGUUAAAAGGAGUGAGAUUUGUGUCACAGUCUUCAGAAGAGAGAAGCACAUCUUUGGACGACAUCCCUUUGUUACCAGAGGAGAUAAGACUCCUACAUUGGUGGUUGAAAAUGCUCGGACAUCGAAACUUAUUCCCUCUGUGGCUUCUGCUACUUCCCCAUGUCUCUGGAAGUGCAGUGAUGUUUGGUAGACAGAGAAACCCUGUGCCGCAGGAAGGUAAUGUGAGGCUGUUUGGCGGCGAUGGUGCCGAUGGUGCCGAUGGCCGUGUGGAAAUCUACCAUGGAGGGAGUUGGGGAACGGUGUGUGACGACGACUGGGACCUGGCUGAGGCCCAGGUGGUUUGUCGCCAGCUCCGCUUCCUCGGAGCCGUCUCUGUUGUCAUUGGGAAGGACUACGGAAAAGUGUCCGGACCUAUUUGGCUGGAUGAUCUGACAUGUAAAGGCACAGAGAACUAUCUUUCUGCAUGUGGUUUCGGAAGCUGGGGAAAAACUGACUGCACCCACAAAGAGGACGUCGGAGUUAUUUGUGAAACAGGCAGCUCAAAUGUGACCGGCAGAAAUUCUGCAUACUCGCUGGACCACAGCAUCUCACUGUCUGAUGAGCGCGGCCAGAUCUUUGACAGCGGGAACAGCUGUGACUUCUUGAUCUCAGUCCGGAGUGUGACUGGAAACACACAGGAAAACGAGACCCAGGAGGAGGUGGGGUUGACGAUUUGCGCGCACAAAUUGAUCCUCUCACAAUUCCCACUCUUCAAUGCCUCAGAGGAGACCACCGGCAUCACGGUUGAUGUCGACCAGUCUUGCGAACCCCAUUUCUCCUCCUUCAUCAGGUACAUUUACACCCGCCAGGUGGAUGUGACCCUCUCCUCUGUGAAGUGUCUCCACUGGAUGGCUUAUAAGUUUGGAGUGAAGCAGCUGAUGGAGGAAACAGGCCGGCUGUUCACUAAAUUCAUCCCAGAGGACGCCUCCUUCCAAACGCAGGUGUCCCUUCACGAAUAUGCAGUGGAGACUGAGGACUUUGUCCUCCAAGAGACCUGUAUUCAGUAUCUGGCCUGGAACUACCAAAAUCUGACCAUGUCCCCUGCUUGGACCCAACUCUCCGUUGAGCUUCUCGGAUCCCUUCUACUGCGCUCAGACCUGGUGGUGUCGGAUGAAUAUUUUCUGCUUCAGACCGUGGAGGGCUGGAUCGCAGAGAAGGGCAAAUCGAUCAGUUUAGAAACCCAGGUGGAUCUGUUGAGUCGCAUUCGUUUCCCUAUGAUCCCAGCUGAGGCACUGUAUGACCUGGAGUCCAACUCUUCUCUCUACAGCACUCAUGAGAAUCUAUAUCGCAAAAACAUUUUGAGAGCCUUACAGUUUAAUGUUCUGCUCUUCAGCAAACUGACGUCCAACAAAAAGUUCGACAGAGAAGAUGAUGAUAUCCGACCAAGGAUCUACACCGCUGAGCCAUGGAGCACUGCUAUAGAUCGCCAGCAAACCCGCAAUUUCUAUAACCAGCGUUACGAUCAAUACAAUCAACAAAAUCCUAGCACCAUGUAUUUCAACACACCUGUCCACAACAGCUUGAUCUUUAAGAGCAAAAUGAUUCGCUGGGAGGCAAAUGUCUUCAAGAGCCAAUAUGAAUGUUCAAACCGAGGCGUGAGAUGCGAGUCGUUCCCUUCAGCAAGGCUGGCGCCACAAAACAGUCUCACUGAAUGGAGCAACAUCCUCUUUCGUAAUCGUCUCCUGCUGAUGUGCCAAGGCAAGUACAUCUUUCAGGUUCAGGACUUCAAGGGCAACAUGGCCAACAUGGCGGUGAAUGGGACCCAGUUUUCACCCUAUUCCUGUCCUGAUGACCAGCAAACCUACCGCUUUGUAGUGAGACCGGAGUAUGUCUGAUCCAAAAGCAGGGCCAGGCUCAAUAUUCAAUAUUCUGAUCAAUUUGCCUGUGCAUUAUUCAACAGGUUGCAAAUGAUGCUACAAUAUCAUCUGUGUGAUUUUAUUUUUUCAUAAAUCUUCAUUGAUUAGCUACAAUUGUGUAAUCUGGCUGUGAUUUAUUACACAUCAAGUAUAAUUUCCUGCUUUUUGUUUAACAGCAAAUAAAAAAAGUGAUAUCUA